AUGGCUUCAGAGGGCUCAAAGCAGGAUAUGAAUAAAAGCAGAGCUCAAGCACUGCAGGCUCUCCUGCAUUCUAUGUCACCGGAGGGCUCCUCGUCCUCCGGCAAUGGGAAGAACCUUACCACGGAACAAGUCAGAAAGAUAUCAGACAAACUAGGCGAAAUUUUGGGAGACGAGGAGCUCGGAGCGGACGGGGGACAACGCAGAAACGAGAAGGGUGAGCUGGUGAAUGAGGAGGGACUACCUAUAAUUGAUAUAAGAGAGCCCAUGGCAGAUGCAUCAUCGCCUAUCGCCUCUGCCAUUAGCCCAGAGCACAUAUUCGAUGACCCAGAUCUUCUUCCUCCCUGGGCCCUUUCCCCGGCUGAGAAGGCACGUAGACGUGCCGAGCGCGAACGCAUCCUCGAUUUAUUGGAGGAGGAGGAGCACCCCGAGCAGGAGCGCGACGAGGCGGCAAACCGCGAACGGUGGUUAGCGGAACUGGAGAGGAGGAAGGAGGCGGCGAAGGCAGAAAUGGACAGUCUGAAGAAGGCGCGGGAUCUGCAGAAGAAAAUGGGCAGGGCGCUUUUGCGGAAUGUGACGGAAACGAGGGAGCGGGAAGAGAAGGAGAGGGCGGAGAGGGAGAAGGAGGAACGCGAAGAGAGAGAGAAGAGGCUGAAGGUGAAGCCGAAGAAGAGUGUCUCAUUUGCGGAACCGCCCGUGAGCGAGGAGGAUGAGGUGGGGAAGAGCGAGACGAGAUCUGGCUGGGGAAGCGUCGCGCUGGGACGACUGGAGCGGAAGGGUAAGAGUCCGUUGAUGACGAAGGCUGAGAUGGACAAGCAGCCGAUGCGAAUGCAUGUCGUGGAGCGCCAUCCUGGUGCAAUGGGAGCUUCACAGUCGCAGGCCCUCUCCGACAACCAGGACUCGGACGAUGAGUCUGUACCUGGCUCACCCGUCCUUGCAGAUUCGGAUGAAGGGGAUGUUAUAAACUCUGACCACUCCGAGGACCAUGAGGAUCACCCAUCCGCGCAUUCUGAUUCCGAAGACAUCGAGGCGGAGCCAAAUGCCGAGGACGAGCCUGUGGUUUGGGAUGAGGAAGAACUCGAUUAUGCUCGUCACCAACGCGAGAUUGCACUGGCGUACUACGAGAAACGUGCUACUAUUACCUCCGAUGUGGCAAGCGCGAUGCGGGCACAUACCCACGAUGAAGCCGAGAACGACUGGGAUCAACCGGAAGUGCCAUUAGACGCAACAUUAGCGUCUGCUCCGCCGAAAUCUUCCAUCUCACGAUUCAAAGCAGAGCAUUCCUCUGGUACUUCAUCGUCCUCCCUGGCUUCCCACUCCCUUGGACCUUCAGUUCUACCUUCGUCGCAGUCCUCGUCUCUCAACCGUGCUGUUCGUAUGGGCAAGCUUGUUAACGGACAGCUUACGGGUGGUGAGCCGGGAGAUAGCGGAGACGAUGGGGAGAUGGAGGCGAGGGAAAUAUUGGAACUUCUGAGCAGAGGGCAGGUUAAAAAUGUCGGCCCGGAGGCGAACUCAACGCUCCCACAAGUGGGAAACAGCGUUUUCGCCGGUCCUUCCAACACUCAGCAUCGUGCUCCUGUUUCACCGGCGCUCGAGACAACGGCAGACGCGGAUGGUGCUAGCGCUCCACCGAAGUCCAAACCGUCUAAGGUAUCCAAAUUCAAGCUGGCACUCUCCCAGACCCAGUGGCGUUCUCCGGGAGCAGUGUCUCCUACCGUUUCGCCGAGCACGCCGAGCACGAUAGUCGAGCGCUCUUCUCCGAAGCUCGUAUCACCUCCUCUUCUUACACCCAUCGCGACACCCCCAAUUCCGUCAUCUCCAGGACGCAUGUCAAUCCCUUCAGGGGCCCGAGAACACAACACCGUUCUCUCCGCCGUGCAGCAGGGCCAGAUGCCGAGCAUGAUUGUCGAAUCACCUUCCUUGCCGACAUCGCAAGUGGUGAUCGACUCGCCAUCUUUCCAGACAUCCUCCUCGCACCAGGUGUUGUCGCCCAAGGGACCUGCUGCAAAUCGAUCCCCUCCUGGUACUUCUGUCAUUUCUGAGCAUCCUGCAAGUAUGAUGGCUGCCGAGGUUCGGGAGUCAACCAGUACCCCACUGCCAGGCGACGAGCUUAGGAAGGAAAGAAAGAUAUCUAGGUUCUUAGCAGAAAGAAGCUGA